AGUCGUGCAGCGGCUCGGCGGCGAAGAAGAAUUCACGCAAAUCUCUUCCGUCCGUCAGUUCUGUCUGUGCAGCGGAACAGUGUGGUGGUGCAGCGAGUCGAGUGUGUUUGUAUUGUGCUUUCGGAUUUGUGUACUUUUUGCCUUCGUCUCCUUCGUAGUAAAAAGGAGCUGUCAAACUCGGACGGGGGUGGAAAAGCAUUUCGACGGGUUCUGGCUCUGCGCACAACUGCCGUCGUCGUCAUCCGCGAGUGCUGGGAUGCAGAGUUCCUUGUGUUGUUGGGAAGCGAACGGUUGUAUCGAUUAAUCGCAAAGUGGAUGAUUGAUAACUCGGACGUGAACGGUCGUCGGUGGUGCAAAGUGAGCGAAAUACAAAGGGUGUAGUGCGGUCAGAGUGGUCUGCGGGUCCUUAGUGCGGCGCUUGUUCGGUCUGGUGAUCCCUGGCGAGCUGACGAGUCCUUGUGGCGACACAUCAGUGAACGGGUCGUGGAUCUCUGCUCUCGCCCGUCUGUGAUUCCUUGUUCCGUCCCUUGCUCGAGACGCGUAGUCGCGGCGUAGUGUCUGAAGCAAAAACCUUUUUCGCUAAGUCGUCUGCGGUUUGCCAUGCGGGAUCUCGGCUCGAAAAUGGCCGAGCUUAAAUUCGAGGCUCCUCUGGCGCAGUUCGAGGACUCCGACGAGUGGGGCGGAAGUGAGUUCAUUACCCAAACCGGUGGCGGCACAAAUGCGUCAGCCCUGAAGGCCGCCCUCAGCGACACCCUCAAUCUGAAUCUCAAGGAAACGGACAAUAACAUUUUGAUGCUGGAGGAGGCCGUGCGGGACAUACAUGUCAGCAAGAACGGGAGCCCCAAUUGCAACUCCAUCAGCAACGGCCUCGGGGACGGGAACGGCGACGAUGCACCCAUCGCAGCAAAUCAUCUGGGUGGGGUCCUGCCCGCCGCCACUACGGCCACCAUCAAAAGCAAGGACGCGAAUGUUGACAACUUCGCCGAAAUGUUCAACGGGAGCUUGGAGGAUUUGGUGAACACUUUCGACGAGAAGAUCACCAAGUGCUUCGGGAACUAUGAGGAGAACGUGGAGGAGCUGGCACCGGUACAGGUGCGGAAUCAGGAGGAGAUCAUGAACGAGUGCCAGAUGUGGUGGACGAUAACCGGGAAUUUCGGGAAUAUUUUACCAAUCGAUUGGUCGAAAUCGUAUGCACGACGUAUGCACCUGCCAGCUUUGAAUUUGGGAGAGAGACGUAUGACCAAUGGCGAUGGACUGCAAACCCCGGACGAUGAAUUGAAUGAUUUGAGUAGUGAGGAUGAGGCUGUGGCGAAUGAUUUGGAUAUGCAUGCUCUGAUAUUGAACGGCCUCCAUGGUGAACAUGAUGAACCCAUAAAAACAGCUGAGGAGGUGAUAAAGGAAAUCGAUGAUAUUAUGGAUGAAACGACACCAUCUGAGGGUGGCGGUUUGGAAUCUGAAGUGAUGGAGAAAGCCAAAGAGGUUUUAGGAUCGCCAUUAUAUGAGGAGAAGCUGCAAUCACUAACGAUAUCACAGUUGAAUGAACUUUAUAUGGAAAUGGAAAUUCUAAUUCGGGAAUUCAGUGAAACAUUGAUCAGUGAAUUGGCAUUACGUGAUGAGCUGGAAUACGAGAAGGAAUUGAAGAACACUUUCAUUUCGCUACUAUUGGCUGUUCAAAACAAGCGGCGGCAAUAUCAUGUGGAGAAAAAACGAGGGAAAUCUCAAGGGAAGCAAGGCACAAAUGGCAUGGAUCCAAAAUAUCUCACAACAGUUAUACCAUAUAAUUUGGAUAACGGAUCGCCCGAUAAUCAAGCUUUACAAGUUCUAAUCAAAAUACUAAAGGCCAUUAAUGAGGAUAGUCCAACGGUACCAACUCUCUUGACCGAUUAUAUCCUGAAAAUCUUAUGUCCAACAUAGACGGUUUAAUUGCUUUAAUUUGUUUUUGAAUUUCUGUAAUUAUUAUUUUAAAUUUUAACUAGAUCACUAGAUUUUUAAUUUAUUACCAUUUGAGGAUAGUCUUAAAAAAAACUUUGCAAAAAUGAAGUCUUUAAUAGAAUGAACAAGAAAAUAACACAAACUGUUGUAAGUUACAAAUAAAAUGUGGAAAAAUCAUGAAGAAAGAAAGUUCGGUUUGAUAUUUAUCUUCUGGAAAAGUAAAAGAAAUUGAGGUUUUUCUCGAAAAGAGCGUCCGAAGGCAACCAAGUAGAAUAUUUACUAAAAUAAACAACACAACAAAUCAACAGAACUUUACGCUUUCUUUUUCACUGUGGUUGAUUAAAAACAGAAAAAAAAAAGAAAUCAUGUUCAUAUAGUUGUAAGCUUUCUAAUAGCCAUUGUGUAGCGUAAUUUAACUCGAUCGAGAUAAAUACAAAUAAAAUAUAAACAAUUUCCUCUAAACGCAAUUUCCUUGAUGCAAUAAAGUUGAUUGUAUUACGGUGUGCUUCUAGAGUAGCAAAUGUAUCGUAGUAGAAUGGGAUACUUUAUUCACAUCACCAUUUGCUACACUCGAUACACGAAUAAUAACAAUUGAAUUGAAUAAGGACCCAAAUAGCCUAGAAAACAUUUUAUCAAGUCAAUACUGCCCAGCUUAAAAGCAAUUGAAUUUAUUCAGAAACAUUAAUAGCAAAACGUAAAGAAAAUGAAGGAUAAUUGAAGGGAAGCUGUUUAAAAUCUAUUUCCAACUUUUGAUAUUAUAUUGCCUGCUAUAUGCAUAGAUGUGCAUGCGACAAGAAAUGGGUCUUUCCUGCUUUAUUCAAAUUGUUUUCUAUGCAGCAAUUUCCUUGAAUUUUCAAAAAUGUUUUACUUAAAUGGACGCUUACGCUCUUUAAUAUUCAUUUACGCGAAUACAUAAUUUAUAAGGGAAUUAUAAACAACCUUAAGAGAUGGAAACAAUGGAAAUCUUAUUGCUUGUUCAAAGUUUUUUAAAAUUAAGCAGACAAUGGAAAGGAAGAAGGAAAAAGAUGUAAAAGUUAUAUGCGAAAGUUUCAUUGAAAGCAAGUGUAGUAAUAAAAAGAUGUAUCUAUUUUGUUUAUGCACUAAUUCUUAGUCGUAGCGAUUGUAUUAUAUAUGCUAGUUCUAUUGUGCUGUAUCUUUGUCAUAUAAUUAUUGCAUAAUGUCAAUGAACCCCUUUUUAUUUAGUAAUUCAGUUAUAUACGUAUGUAAAUUUUGCUGUAUGUAUUUUUUAAAAAUGAAGUCAAUGUUUAAGUUUUUAUUUGCAAAAUAAUUGAAUGCUGUGAUUUUAAUUUUUUAAAUGAGAAGAAAUUCUAAAGUUGUAAUUUUUCAUUAUGGGAGUACGUGAUUUGAAGACGAAGCAGAGAAAGAAAAAGAGGAUUACUUUGCAUUGAGCUUAUAUCUGUUUUGAUAACAUCUUUGGUGAUGAUAAUGUAAAGCAGUCAUCAUGAGGAAUUCUUUAGACACAUUUUAAAUGACAUGACCGGAUAAAAAGAAUCGCUUUCAAGGGGAAACUGAGACAACUGGUCUUCGAUAUAGUUUUCACUUCUAGAUUUCCCAGUAAAAAUAUACCUGAAAAGACAAGAAUGAGCUUAAAAAGGAAACAAAUUUAAUUGAUUGAGCUUCUUUCCGUAGGUAAAAUUUCGCUUCUUAGCUAGACUACUGCUCUCCAAUGCACAUGGAGUAUUUAAAACUCAAUGCUAAUCAGAACAGACAGCUCUAUUAAAUUCCUCUCAAACAGUUUCAUGUCCUGAAAAUCAUUCCCUGGACACGAGUUCACUAUUACUCCCUCACGAAAUUUCCAAAACUUACAUGAUUUCAGAAUAUCGCAUGUACUCGAAUUGUAUAAAAUAGACCAAUUGAUAGAGAAUCAUAAAAUAGUCUAAUCUAGUGCACCUUAUAAGCUUAAAUAUCGAUUUACACACAAACACACACAGAUACCCUUAUCUUAGAGAUCAAUUGAUGAUAAUAAGAUGUAAAAUGAUAUUUAAAGUAAUUAAAAUCAUAUUUGAAAACGAGUAUGCAUAUUGAAACUAUGAUUUAUGCGUGAUAUUUGAUUUUACCUCUCAGCUCUAUUCAUAUUAAAUAAUUUCCGCUGUAUCGAAUUUUUCAAUUAAUUAUCCAAGAAGAAGGAAAACAUACUUUUAAGACAAAAAAAAAGUUGAGACGGAAGAAUUUUUAAAUGGAAAGCUUUAUCAGAUAUAAAUAUUUAUUUUUCAUUUAAAAUUUUAAUCUAUAAUUUGUAAAAAGCAAACGAAGCCAACCAUUUUUAAAGCGUAAGAAUGUCUAAAAACACACGAAAGGAAUAAAGGAGAUUAUUGAGAAAAUAAAAACAAAAAAUCAUGUUUAGAAGCCUACAAUGAUGUCACAUUUGUACAUUUUUCAAUUAAUUAAAGUAAAACAAAUAUAUAGAUUUAUGUUAAAGUAAGAAAAUGCUGACAGAAUCAGAAAAUGCAACAAAUAAAUGUAAUAACAAUUCAAAUAUGUAUAAUUACAAUAAACCAUGAGUUA